AAAGCAAACAUUUUUUUAAAUGCCAGGAAAAAUAAAAAAUUGUUAAAAUAAAAAAAAAUUAUUGUGUGAUAAAAUAUUAAUAAUUUAUUAAAUAAAUUUCUAUUCUGUUUGAUAUACUAAAUUUUUAGUAACAUUUCAAUUAUAAAUGAAUUAAAAUGUGCAUCUUUGCCAAAAUUUCACCGUCUAUUAAACUUACUGCACGACUGUCAUGUAACACAAAUAGUCGUCGUUACACAUCUAUGGUGCAAGUACAACAUAGGCAGCCUAGUAAGGAAAAUUUAUUAAGGAGCAAUUUGGCAGUGAACAGAUUAUAUAGAACUAACGGAUCGGAUGUAACAAGCAAAGGAUUUAUGAAAGCAGUUAAAAAGGACGUGCUUAAUACAGCUUCAGGAAAUAGUUUAAAUUCUAUUUUGCCAAUAGCUUUGAUAGAUUUGAAUCCCUUAAGUAAUAAUUCAUCUAAAGUUUUAUUGAUACCUCUCAAUUGGCAGGAGGCAGAUGAACAUUCUCUGAGAAAUACAAUAACAUCGAUAUUUUCAAAACCUAAAAAUCUACAACAAAUUGAAGCAUUCAGUCAAGCAUUGAAAGAGGUUCCAGCUUAUCAAGAGAUCAAGGAAAAUGAAGCACAAGAACCUAAAGAUUCUCGUCAGGUCACUAAUACUCAAAAAGAACAAUUAGAUUUGAAAGACUCCCAAUUAUCCAACAACAAAAACGUUAAUAGUAUAUCUAUUGUGGAUAAUUUGGAACAUUUAGCAUCUGCAGUGGAGAAAUCUUUACAGCAAUGUUGUUUACAUUCUAUGCAAAUGUUUGUUGAUGACAACUUAUUUUGGGAGAGAAUUACAGGCCUCAAAUUUCCUUCCACGCCCUCGAAAUCAGACUUUAAGGAUGGUGAUGAUUUCAGCCCAUUAAAUAAAGUAAACAUGACUAAACCCUUUAGUCCCUCAUCUAGAUUAGAUUUAGAUUUAAAAGCAAUUACUCGGAACGCAAAGAUGCCUUUUCCUGAAAUUCAAAGUUCUUCUUUAACAGAUAUAAUGUUUCCUUUAUCGUUUAGUAAGAAGCUUUACUCCACUAGAUCAACAGCCCAAAUUAAAAGUCCUACUCAAAAAGUUGUAAUCUUAACCACACGAGGUACAGCGACUAACAGCAGUAGUCGAUCCAAAUGCAAUCCUAAUUAUGAUUUUCCUUAUCUAACAAAAUUGUUUGAUACAAAGGAGUUACUUAUGAGUUGUGAUGCUUAUAACCAGGCAUUAAUCGAGGCUGCUAAGCGAAGAGCUGCUCUAACUGAAUGCACAGCAUUGAGCAAAAACUUAAAAAAUGAUACAAAUAGUAGACCGCAAGUUAUAAGCAUUAAAGGCUGCAGUGAUCCUUUCCGUGAAACCCUCCAUAAAUUGGAAACUACAAUAGAAAAUUCCUGUCCACCGCCUACGAAAACUAAAAAGCAAUCCAGGGAGGGUUGCAAAAAAGAUGAUCCUUGUAAGUCACCGGAAUGCCCCAAUCCAUGUAAAGACGAAAUGGAGAAAUUAAAGCGACAAUCUGAUGAGGAAAUGAAAAAGAAAAGAAAUAAAAUGCCUACCGGAUGUGAGUCUCCUAAAUGCAAAAAGGAUGAUAGUUGUACAAAACUACACAAGAGUCCCUGCAAAAAGGCCACAAGUCAACAAGCAAGUGGUAGAUUUAAAUGCCCUUCGAAAUCCUCGGCGGAUGUUAAACAAAUGAAAGAUAGUUGCAAAAAAGAUGAUCCCUGCAAACCUCCAGAAUGUCCAAAUCCUUGUAAAGAAGAAAUGGAAAAGUUAAAACGUCAAACAGAGGAGGAUAUGAAAAGAAAACGAAAUAAGUCACCAACUGGAUGUGUUUCUCCCAAGUGCAAAAAAGAUGAUGGUUGCACCAAACUUAAAGAAAGCCCGUGCAAAAAAGCAAGUGAUCGCGGUAACAAAUGUUCUCAAGAACCCAGAGAUUAUAAUGAAUCCCUGGAGUGUAGCAAAAAAGAUGGAGGAAACAAAGGUAAAUCUGAUUCUUGCGGAAAAACUAAGGAUAAGACGCAACAAAAUCCCUGCUUAGAUGAACAUACAGAAUAUAAACCAAAAUGUAAUACAGAUCCUUGCAAGAAAGAUGGUUCUCCAUGUGGUGGUGCCAAGAAAACACCAGCAGGUUCAUCUGCUAAUAAGAAAGCUGAUUCUUGUGGCUGUGGGAAAAAAGAAGAUCCCUGUAAAAAAGAUAAGAAAAAGGAAGAUCCUUGCAAGAAGAAAGACAAAGAUCCAUGUGGAAGCAAAAAGGAAGAUCCUUGCAAGAAAAAAGAUCCCUGUGGAGGUAACAAACAAAAACAAGAUCCAUGCAAGAAGGAAGACAAAAAUCCAUGUGGAAACAAAAAGGAAGAUCCUUGCAAGAAUAGAAAGUCAAGCCCAUGUGGUAGUCGAAAAGAAGAUCCUUGCAAAAAGCAAAAAGAUCCCUGUAAAAAGAAAAACGACGAUCCAUGUGGUGGCAAAAAGGAUGACCCAUGCAAAAAGAAAAAAGAAUCAACUAAGAGUCCAUGUGGCAACAAAAAUGAAGACCCGUGCAACAAAGAUAAAGAUGAUCCCUGUAAAAAGAAAAAGAGCAGUCCAUGUGUAAGUAACAAGAAAAAAUAUGACACUUGCAAGAAAAAACCCACAAGUCCUUGUAAACCUAAAAAGGAUAAUGAAACCAAAUGCCAAAAAACAUCUUCAACCGGCAGUCCAAAAAAACAAGCAUGUGGAAAACCAAAAAAAGAAACCAAACCAAAUUGUGGACAAAAUAAAAAAUGUUUUGGCACUUCGACUGACGGUCUAAUUAAGCGCACUUUCACUAGUUUCACAACCAUGCCCUCAUUAAAGAAUAAAAACUGUUAUAGUUUUGGUUUUAUGCGUAAAUAUAGCUCAAAAAGUGGCGGUAAUAAAAAGAAAUCGGAAGACCUCGGCCGAGCAAGUCAAUGUAAAUCUGUGGAAACUAUUGUGCCGCCUAAACGUAAACCCGCUUAUAAUCCCCAUCCUAAAGAUGGGCUACGAAAAUGUUAUCCCACCUAUGAUAUGGAUUGUACAAAAUUUUGCAAAGAAGCUCGUAAAACUGACUGUAGAAAAUAUGCAUUCCUAAAGGAUACCGAUAACAAUAAACGUAAUGGUAAAAAAUAGGCAUUCAUCCCUCUUAUUAAUCUAGAGAAUAUAACAUACGUUUAAAAUAUUAUGAUAUUAAAUCAGCUUCUAUGAAUACAUAGUUCAUUUAUUGCGAUAAAUGAAUCCAAACUGACGAAAAUUAUGAUAAAUUGUAGGAUUAAAAGUGAAAACUUUACCAAAAUUCAAAGUAUUCAGGAGGUUUUAUAAUGGAUAAUAGGAAAAUAUAUAUUUUGAUCAGAAUUAUCGACCAUAUUUUUGUAAUUUCCACAGUAGCAACAAAAUUCUAACUAUUUUGUUCUAAACAUGUUUGGUAAUAAAAUACGCAAGGCAACGAAAAUCAUAAUCAUGUCCAAAGUCUGAAGAUAACUUCUAAACAAAAAUGUAUAUAAAAAUAAGAGAAAUUGAAUAUGUUCAAAAUAAAAUAAAUUAAAGUAAAA